UUCUACCUGGUUUAUAUAGCCUUGGUGGAUACAUACUCACCCCAUUUAUGAUACAUUUAUGAGCUCAAUUGAUGUACAUACACAGUACACCAUACAGAGAGAUGUUAGUGAGGCAUAUGCCAUAGUAUGUGCAACUGAGAAAGGCAAAACUGGGUACUUCCAUCUCACAGUGCAGGGCAUGAGAAAUGUUUCAGGAUGCCAAACAGGAGGCUUUCACGAAGGUUGUGGUGAGGACACAAACUGGGAAGCAAUUGAGCAACCCGAGUGGUGUAGCACACAGAUAGAGGUCACUGAUCUACGAAGCAGAAUGAACAAAAAAGUUCAAGUCGAUGCACAGGAGGGACCUCAGCAGAAUGAAGAUGCUGGUCUGGAGGCAGGAAGAGCCUGCAGCAAGAACAACUCAAAGAAAAGGAGACCUGAAGAAAAUGUGAACAAGGAUAGCAUGCGUGAAGUGGGAAAGCAUAAAGAGGAGAACAGGAGGCAACAGGCAGCAUUAAGCAAUGCAAUGCAGCAAAGUGAAGACAAGAGGGAGAAAGGAGAAGGAGGCAACACAGAGAAACUGAGACCAAGCACGUCGCAGGGCUGUGAAAGAAGCCAAGGAGUACAAAACUUGGUGAUUGAUGAAGAGCUGCAGGAAGAAGGUCGAAGCCAAGAACAAAUAUCGGUUGGAAGAAACCAUGAAAGUAGGGUUGAAGAGAUGGCCCAGCAGCACGGGGGACGGGAGCAAGAGGGGGAUGAGGCAGAAAAAAGAAGCGAGGCAUGCCAGCAGGAAACAGUCAGAUAUACCCAUUUAGUACAGGAUGAAGGAAUGCUCUGUCAAGAAAGUGAAAAGCAUGAGGGAGAAACUAGCAACAGAGAGGAAAAUAGCAGAAAUGAGAGAGAAAAUGUUAAUGUGACUGUACCAGGAAAAGGUGGACAGAAAGACCCUACAGGUAAACCGAAAGGCCUCAGAAAGGCUAGGCUAACUAACGGCGUACUAAAAAGUCCCAGAAUUGGGUUAGCAGCACAAAUACAGCAGCUCAAAGCGGAAAAUCAAAAACUGAGAGUACAGCUGCAUCAACUGGAACAGGGAAAAGAAGUGCAAAAGAAUGCUGACCAAGUGGAUGGUGGAAAAGUUCUAGGUGAAGGAUUAUGUGGAGCGUGUGCAGCAUACCUGCUAUGGCUACAUAGACAAGAAGAAGAAAAGUGUGGAACUCUGCAAAACCAAAGCAUGGAUGCGGCAAAUCAGCUGAGAAAUGUGAGUAAACAAGGGAAGGAAAACAGCACACCAACGGCAAAUCAACGCUACAGGCAGGGACAAGAACAAGGCAUGUCGGGAAACACAUACCAACAAGAAGAAACAGAGAAUGAAAUUGUUGUGGUAAGCAGUGAUAAUGAAGACACACAGAAAGUGCGGGAAUCAAGUAACUCCAAAAGAAACCAGGAGUUGACAAAGGACAAAACUGUACAAUGCGACCUGAACUCACAGAGCACAGGAAAGUCUAGAUCGAAAGUGGGAAAUGAGAAUGAAGGAUGGGGAGAGAGAGAACAGCAAAGAAAGGAAAUGAACUGCCGCAAAGGUGGCAUAGAGAAAAGAGGAGAGGACAACAAACAGGAAAAUCAUGAGGAUAACACGAUACAUGGAAGAAAUCCUCUGAUGAGCAACAACGCAGAGCAAGGAAGAAACAAUGGUGCUACAGGGCAUGAAAGAGGACAAGGUGGAAGACACCCACGAUACUAUAGAACUAGAGUGUUCGUCAAUCAGCGGUAUAGAAAUAGGGACGAAUACAGGGAAUACGAAGAAAGAGAAUGGGAGCCUGUGCAUCACUUUUCAGGAGAAGACAACAUGCGCAGGUUGAAUGGAAAUAGUAGAAAAAACUACUACAGGACAGACAGGUACAGGGAAGGAGUGUAUAAACAAGAACAACGCGAAGGAGGUAAGGGAGCCAGAGCGUUUGGAAAGCAGGACCUUAAUGCAGACGGACAUGACAAAAGAAACGGAAACCGCGUCCAAGUAGAACCACCCUAUUACGGUAGGCGCUUCGAUGGACACCCAGGUCAGAGAAAGUGGGGCAGACAUGAGCAUCAUGAACCCCAAGACUGGCAGCUGAGAGGACAAAGACAGAUGAACUGGAAUGGCAACAAGGGGUGCAAUCAAUCACAUGAGCGAGAGACUGGGAAUGAAAACCAAGAAUGUUCCAGGGACUAUAUGGAAGACGAACGUAACUAUGGGACCACUGAGGAAUGGAAUGAAGAGGGUGGUGCAUCCGGAAAUCAGCAGCAGAGGAGGCAGUACCAACAAGAAAAGUGGCACAGUCGAGAAGAGCAGAGCUGGAACUAUCCGGAAAGUCGACGGGUCCGGAGAGAGCAUGGGAAUUUUCACCGGCAAGGGGCGAGUGGAAACCCAGAUCAGUGCCCAGGUUGGAGAGGGAAAAGCUAUGCCGAAGCCCUGCUGGAAGAGCGCAGGGUCUUAUGGCACUAACAAGAGAAGGAGACACUGGGAGAAAUUAAAACUCGUUCAGUAUAACUGUAGAGGAUACCAGAAGAGUGAGUUUAUGCAAAGCAUAUUAGAUGAAGCAGAUAUUCUGUUGCUCAAUGAAACAUGGACUUCAAAGGCAAAUCAAAGUGAAACCCUACUGACCGAAACACAUGAUGUGAUUGCAGUAAGCUAUGAUGAAUAUAUAGACUAUGCCGUCUUACAGAACAAAAGUGGUCGUGGGCACGGGGGUGUAGCGAUUAUGACGAGAAAGGAGCUAGGCAUGAUUGAAGUGGACCACCGUGGCAGCACUAGGAUUCAGGCGGCAAUUGUAAAAGGCAUGGAGAUUGACAUCCUAGUCAUUGCUGUAUAUUUGCCGACUGGCACACUUCAGAAGACAACCAUUGAGUUUCAAGAGACAAUAGAUAAGGUGACAGGCAUAAUUGAGGAGUAUGGUGAAGAGAAGAUGAUCAUUGUUGGAGGUGAUCUCAAUGUGGACCUGACUAAAAACGUGCAUCCAAACAAGAAGUAUGUCGAAGCGAUGCUAGCUGACUAUGGAUUAAUGAUUCCCUGCAACAACAUAGAGGGCCAUAUCACAUUUUACAAGAAUGAAAUUGAAGCAACAUCACUGCUAGACUAUUUUAUGGUUGACAGAGGUCACUCAAUGUAUGUAACAGAGUAUAAGAUUCCAGAAAGAAGCGCUCUCAACACGUCAGACCAUGAGCCGAUAUGUGUCUGUGUUGAAAUGAAAAGGAGAUGUAAACAGCAAAAAACAGAGGAGCAAAAAAUUGACUGGGAGAAGGCACGAAGGAAUGGCAGCAUUGAAGCCUAUCGGCGUUACCUAUGGAAACAUAGACAGACGCGAGUGGACAUAGACAGUAUCAACAAGACCAUUAUA